CGGCCAUAAAGGGGCCGCAGCAGCCCUUUUUGGCCUACCCUCACUUACUUGUGAUGGUGUUGACAUGUCCGACGGUAUUAACUUCAUGAAGGACAUGGUAGGAUGCCGAGGUCGAACACCACUAUCAUGGGCUGCUCGGGAAGGCAGAACAAAGAUUGCAGAAGCGCUUCUCCAAGGAGGAUCAGAUUCUGACGAGAAGGAUGCACGAGGUUCUAGACCACUCGAAAUUGCUUUGAAGAGUAAGCAUAAGGCAAUAGCCCAAUUGCUUAUAGACUCCGGGGCAUCGUGCCACAGCUCUGACCUGUUCGAAGCUUGCAGUCAAGGUUUAGAACCUAUCCUGACACUACUUCUGGAUAGGUGUGAAACGGAUAUAAAUGUUCUGAAUAGCGAUGGGAACUCGCUGGUUCUAAUGGCCUCAGAGCUGGUUAUGAAGGUUUUGCGCGGCAUCUUCUAAAUAAGGGGUCAGCUAUAGACCUCCAGGAUCACUCUGGGGUUACUGCACUUAUACACGCCUCUCAACGGGGCCAUAUAGGGGCUGUACAGCUUCUUCUAGAGCAUGGCGCCGCUACAGACCUUCAGGAUCACUCUGGGGCUACUGCACUUAUGCACGCCUCUCAUUUCGGGAGGACGGAUAUUGUAUAAUACCUCAGCGAUAGAGGGGUACUGUACUAGGCCUCUUGGAUUCAAAGUGAUGAUAUCUUCCAG